AUGGACGCUUCUGGGGCCACGACCAUGGCGAACAGCACCUGCAAAUCGCCAAUCGCCGCCGCGGCCACCGACGCUACUGACUCGUCACCCAGAUCCCGACCUCGACUGCUCUCUCUCCGUCUUCCUCAUCCUCAUCCUCGCAUCACCGAGCCCCUCGACGCCAGCGAUGCCGACGACGGCGACGAAUUUUUCCACCACGCACCCGUCCUGUCCUCGACCACUCCCUCGCUGAAGCAUAGCCCGCUCGAGGGGCCGCCAGCCCGUCCCGACCAGUGCAGGUCCCCGUCGGCAACCUCAUCCUCGCCUCCCCAUCUCCCCCCAAAUCAUCCGAGCCUGACCCCCCAGCCAUCAUCUCGGGCCCCCUCCUCGGCCGCCCUGCCCAAUCCUGUGUCGCGUUACGCUCCAUCGGCACCGGCCAGCCCUUUGGCUGCCGACGGUGAGCAGAAUCAACCCACGGGCGAGGACGAAAACUACCAUCAGCACCGCAUCAGCGCCGGCACGAGGAAGCUUGUUCGCGAACGGCAGCAUCCUCCCUCGUCGCCCGCGGCUAGGCCGUCACCGCCCCGAUCAAGCCCUUCGCACGAGGAGAAGGCCUCGACGGUGCGCGUUCCACCCGCAGCCGCCGAGACCGUGACCGCUGCUUCGGCAACCUCGCUCACCUCUGUCCAUCCUCGUCCAUGCCAUCCGAAGCGUCCUUCGUCCUGCCCCGAGGCCCAUCGUAGCCGCCACGACGCCGCCACCGCCCAGUCACCUUCGAAGGCGAGGACCGACGCGUCGACGACGUGCCCGGUAGCUCGCAGGGCACCCGCUUCUCGCAGUGCCAACGGUAUAUCGACCGUCGGUGGGCCUCCGUCGUCGCUGAGCACCCAGCGUCGCCGGUCCGGGGAGCGCAUCCUCGCUGGCACCGCUCAGGCACCUCGCCCUACGCCGACUGCCGACGGCGUCGACCUCCACGGCCGGCGAGAAUUGCUUCUUCCGCAGCGCCUGUCCCACCAGUCUAGCUCCUCGGAUGACAACUCGCCCCAGCUGGGUGCCUCCACCCCCGUCCGCGUCCCGCCCAUUCGAACAUUUCGCGCCUCUAGCUCUCGCAAGAGCCUCGUUCUGGACGCGAACUUGAAAUCACCCCCGCCCUACGACCCCGCCGAGUGUCCUGUGGGGAUGGCGCACGAGAGUACGCUACGUGCCCUCGAGGGAAGGAUGGAUGACACUCUUCGCAAUGGAGCCAUUGGCGGCGCGGAAGAUUCUGGCGACCUCUUCCUGCGCAUCGCCAAAGAGCAAUCCAACCGCCGCGGGGCCGACGAUGGCGCGCGAGCCGAUGUCCCGAGGCCUGUGUCUCGAGCGAGUCGCUUCACCCAUCGACGCCCGCUUUCCACCGUUGUUGCUUCCUAUCACACCACAUCCCCGCCGCGCGUGGCUCGUCGAUUGUCCGAUCACCACGAGCGACCUCGGUUGCAGGAUCUCCACGACGAACGGCUGAGUGGCACUGUACGUACCACGCCGUUUCGAUCCCACCUCACCGAUGAUGGCGCCCGAGCGAGAGCCCCAGGCUCCGCCCUGCGUCCGUCUCCGCUCGCUCCCCGGCCCCUCGUUUCCUCCCAGGAGACCAGUCCCGAAGGCUCCACCUACGCGCGCAGGCGUGCGUCGAUAACGGAGAACAACUCUGGUGCGGCGGGUCGAUCGUCGACCUUCCACAGGGCAUCCACGUUGGGGCCAACCCAAAGGGGGGCGUACGGCUCCCCGUUGGUUCGUUCCAUCGACUUCAAAAACCAGCCCAUCUCCGAGCUUGCCCGCGGUGGCAUCGCGGGAACGGAAUCCACCGAAUCGACGACGGCGCCGUCUACCGUCUGGGACGAGUUGGACGACAUCAAGUCCAGAAUCCACCGCCUCGAGCUCACCGGCAAGCUCCCCUCCACGUCCGGCGCCGCCAUUGCAAGUCAUUCGGACGAAAGACCGCCGACGGCGACAACUACCGUCACCACCAUGUCGCUCUCCCCGAAGCGGCCCGGAGCCCGUCAAGCGCCGGAGACCGUGAGCACGACAUCCCCGCAAAAGGAGGCUCAUCCUCUUCUCGUCGCGGCCCUCGUCAGAUCGAGGCACUUCAUGAGCCCCGAGGCGUAUGAGGCCUUGGAAUCAGCGGCCAACGACGCGAUCGGCCUUUCGGCAAUGCUGGGAACUCCCGCCCAAUCCGGACUCAUCUCGAGCGGAGCGAGCACGGUUGCCGCCGGAAACGUGACCGAUCGGCAGCUUCGCAGAAAGGCCGACAGCGUGUGCCGCAGCCUCACGGAGCUGUGCAUCGCGCUUGGUGACGGAGCCGUCGCCGCACCCCUCUCUCAGGCGGACGGACCUGCAACGCCGGCGGCACCGAAGUCGUACUCGGGCCUACCAGCGACGCUUCGAGCAGACCAGGGCCUGCCCAGGACGAACGGCAGCCCCAGGACUCUCUCGAGGUUUGAGGAGCGAAGGAGCCAUCUCUUGAACGGCACGGCGACUGCGACACCACGCACCGGCGGCUCGAACGUAUCCACACCCACCAGCUCGAACAUCGGCCGCAGGCCAUCGUUGCUGGUGGCACGAACCCGUCGGGCGGGCACGGAAGAUCCGGACGAGGACAGAAGCUCUUCCCUUCUGCGGAGCCGUCGUGCCGGGACGGACGAGGUCGAGGACGGUCGGAAGACGUCACUCCUCGUUCGCAAUCGUAGGGGAACGGUUGGUGGGGAGAUGGAGGAGUUGCAGUUUCGUUCCCCCUCUCGCGCAACGACCGAGGUCAAUGCGCAGCGCGGACAGGUCCGUGACGGCAGCCAAGAAACGCAAGCGUUGAAUUCGGGCGCGAGGCCGCGACUCGCCACCACGAGCCCUCGCGCUUCCCGUCUUGCCAUUCCCAGCGGAUCGAGCCCCGCACCCCCGCGACGAUACCUCGACCGCGUCGUGCCAGAUCAUCUCGCCACGACCAGCAGGCAAGCUGGGGACUAUUCGUCGAGACCGCCGCCGACGAGUCAAGGCAUGUCUCACGCGAGGGCCAGCAGCCUAAGCACGCGAAGGAAGCGGGAGAGCAUGAUCCCUGCCAUCCCAGCCAGCGUCUCGAGCGGCGUCUACAGAUGCCGCAUCGAUCAAUGA